AUGAGCGCCGCAGACCUCGACGAUUACUCCUGGAUCAACGACAGCGCCAAGGCUGAUAAGGUCGCCAAGGCCCUCCUCAAGUGGGGCCUCGAUGCCGGCGCCUCCUCCUUCUGCCACUGGUUCCAGCCCAUGGCGGCAACAUUCCGCCACGGCCAGACCGGUCAGGUGCAGCUCAGCACCCUCGAGUACAACUCCGACGGCACUCCCACCUUCGAGCUCAAGGGGAAGCACAUCCUCUUUGGCGAGACUGACGGUUCCUCCUACCCCAACGGCGGCAUGCGCGCGACCCACACCGCGGGCGGCUACCUCUGCAUCGACCCCUCCUCCCCGCCCUUCAUGCGUGACGACUGCAUCUUCAUCCCCGCGUGUUUCGUCUCCUACGACGGCAAGGCGCUCGACGAGAAGACCCCGCUUCACCGCGCGCACCAGGCGAUGUCCAAGGAGACCGCCAGGCUCUUCAAGCACUGCGGUUUCGAGGUCAAGGGCGCCGUCAACAACAUCGGCCUCGAGCAGGAGCUCUUCUUCAUCCCCCGCGAGGCCUAUCAGCGCCGUAUGGACCUCCAGUUCACCGGCCGCACCGUCCUGGGCAAGAUGCCCGCGCGCGGCCAGGAGCUCUGCGACCACUACAUGUCCCCCAUCAACAUCGAGGCGGAGGUUUACGCGUGCAUGAAGGAGAUCCAGGAGCAGUGCUACAAGCUCGGCAUCCCUCUCAAGACGCGCCACAGGGAGGUCGCGCCCAACCAGUAUGAGUUUGCGCCUCUCUUCGGCUCCGUCAUCACCCAGACGGACCAGAACCUCAUGGUGAUGCAGAUCGCCGAGGAGGUUGCUCGCAAGCACGACCUCGCCUGCCUCCUCCAGGAGAAGCCCUUCGCGGGCGUCAACGGCUCUGGCAAGCACAACAACUGGUCCAUCUCCACCCUCUGCGGCGCCCAGCUGCUCAACCCCGGUGACCUCACCACCAAGUCUGGCAACCCCAACCUCUUCCCCAUCGUCAUGGCCGCGCUCGUCGCCGGCGUCGACGAGUACGGCGACCUCAUGCGCCUCGCCAUCGCGUCCCCCGGCAACGACUUCCGCCUCGGCGCGAUGGAGGCGCCCCCUUCCGUCAUCUCCACCUACCUCGGCACCCAGAUGACCGCCUACCUCAAGGACUUUUCCGAGGGCAACGUGUAUGAGUACAAGCCCGCGACGUCUCCCAUCAACCUCGGCGUGGACAUCAUGCCCAUCGUCCACGCGCCCGCCGAGGAUCGCAACCGCACCUCCCCCUUCCCCUACGGCGGCCAUCGCUUCGAGUUCCGCGCGGUUGGCUCCUCCCAGAACGUGUCCCUGGUCAACACUGUGCUCAAUGCGCUCACCGCCAAGAAGUUUGCUGAAAUCUCUGACCGCAUCGAGGCGGGCGAGGACGCCGUCGCCGUCGCGCAGGAUAUGCUCAAGAAGCACUUCAAGGUGGUGUACAACGGUAACGGCUACGAUCCGGCGUGGCCCGCCAAGGCCGACGAGCUCGGCAUCACCCACAUCGACUCUGGCGUCGAGGCCAUUGACAAGUUCGUCGCCGAGAAGAACAUAAAGAUGUUCGAGUCCCUCGGCAUUUUCGACGCCGCUGAGUGCGCCGCUCGCAGGUCCAUCCUCUUGGACCUCUACGUCGGCACCAUUGAGAUGGAGGUUGGCUGCAUGAUCGACAUGAUCAACCAGCACGCCAUCCCCUCCGCGAAGGCUGCCGGCAUCGACACUGCGGGUAUGGCUGCGGGCGUCUCCAAGCUCGAGGCUGCGCUCAAGGAGAUGCACGCUGCAUCCGACGAGUUCGAGGCUGCCAAGCUGGCGCGUGUCCUUCGCCUCGAUACCAUGAUCGAGGUGCGUAAGGUGGUUGACGACGUGGAGGCUAUCUGCCCCGCAGACAAGUGGACCAUCGCCACCUACAAGGAACUCCUGUUUGUCGACACGGGCAAGUUCAAGUAAACUGGUAAAUAGCAUGAGGAGGGGCGGGAUAGCCGGCGCGAUUAGCGGUGCCGUGCGCCCGCAACAAGAGUAAGAGUGCUCCAAAAAGUCGGAGUUGUUUAUUGUUUAUCGGAUUGCCGUCAGUCGCAAUGUACGUAAAUUGUACAUGAAAGUGCCAACGUUGGCCUGUUUAAUGAUAUAGUUAUCAUCAUCAUCAACAUUUCAAAAC